AUGGAUAUGGCAUAUAAUCAUGUAGAACAUGGCAACGUACUAUUUAGUGGAACUUUACUAAAUAGUUUCGUUGAUCUACAUAGAUCACAACUUGAAUUAUCUGGUGUGCCUCCAUUAUUCUAUCCUAUUCUAUUUGAUAAACUUCAAAAGCAGAUUUUUGAUGCUGGUGAAUAUUUUGGUAUAAUUGAAGUAGAAAAUGAUGAAGGUGAAACUAUUCAACGUAAAGUACGUGUAACUAGUGAACAUAAUCUACUCAAGGAUGAUCCUACAAUGAUCUUUCUUAUUGAUCAUGCAUAUACUUAUCGAAUAAAUAAUAUUCGAAAUGAACUUGAACAAUUACCAGAAUUAGUCGAACGACUUUCUCGAUUGAUGUUGAUAACACCCGAUGAAGACAACAAAAUUAAUGCUAUUAUUGAACAUAUGUGGAAAUUUAAUCAUACAUAUACAUUAGCCAUGGAUGGAGGUAAUGCUGAAGACCGUGAACCUUAUUGGUAUAUUCGAGAUGAAUUUGGUUCGGCUAUUGAACAUUCUGAUCAAGCAAAUGUUCGAAUGGUACCUUUUCUUUCAAUGAUUGAUGGACAAAUGUAUACAUUAUUAUGGCUUAUUGAAGAUGUUGCAUGUAAUGAAUCGAUCACUGUUGACUAUGCCUAUGGAGUGCAUGAUGAAGUAACUCGACGUGCUAAACUUGUACCUUGGACUGAUGAUGAUUUGUCAGAUGAUAUUGAUUAUCAACAAACAGAACCCAAUGAACAAUAUUUUAAUACAGGGCGAGAAAAUGAAAGUCUUCCAUCAUCUGAUAAUUAUCGUAUAGUUGAUUUAACUAAACUCAAUCGAACAAUUAAUGUUUUUACUGACAUUGAACUUGUUCAGAAUCAUUUGAUUGAUAAACGUUUUCAAUUAGUCGAAGAUUCAUCUCAAGCUGAUAUUAUUUUUACAAGAAAACAUUUUAAAGAUUUCAAAAAUUUAUGUGAAAAUACUCAACAAUUAAUAAAUCAAUAUCCAUUUGAAAAUGUAAUUAAUAUAAAAGAUCUUUUAGCUGUUAUUUGUCGUCGAACAUCACUAUCAAUUGAUAAUGAAACACUUCAAUCAUAUCCAUUAUGGUUGCCAACAACAUUUAAUUUAACAUAUGAAUUACCAAAAUUUAUUUCAUAUUUUCAACAUCGAGAACAAAAAAAUUUAGAUAAUCAUUGGAUUGUUAAACCAUUUAAUUUAGCACGAUCAAUCGAUACACAUGUAACGAAAAAUCUCAAUUCUAUUAUUCGAUUAGCUGAAUCAGGCCCAAAAAUUGUUUGCAAAUAUAUCAAUAAGCCUUUAUUAUUUGAUCGUGAAGAUAGUGGUUUAGUUAAAUUUGACAUCCGUUAUAUUGUUUUAUUACGUUCGUUAGAACCAUUAAAAGUUUAUGUUUAUGAAAAAUUUUGGCUUCGUUUUGCAAAUAAACCCUAUUCAUUAGAUAAUAAUUAUGAUGAUUAUCAAGUUCAUUUCACGGUUAUGAAUUACCGAUAUGCACAAAAUUUGAAAAAGAUUACGUGUGAAGAAUUUAUACCUUUAUUUGAUAAACAACAACAACAUCUUACCUGGGCUAAUGUUCAAGAAAAAAUAUUUUCAAUGAUUCGUCAAAUAUUUGAACGUGCCAUAUUGAAAAAACCACCAUGUGGUAUGUUACCAUGUCAUCGAUCACGUGCAAUGUACGCUAUUGAUUUGAUGCUUGAUGAAAGUGGUCAACCAUAUUUAUUAGAAAUGAAUUUUAUGCCUGAUAUUGAACGAGCGUGUUCAUAUUAUCCAACAUUUAUGGAUGAUAUAUUUCGUACUCUUUUUCUAGAUGAAUCGAAUAGUAAUGUUAUUGAUAUUUCGUCAAAAUAA